UUCUGUUAGUUGAGACCGUGAAAGAGAACAUGACACCCGCUAUUAAUGAAGGUCUGUUCGUGAUAUUAUUUUUAAACAGUGUCAUCACAUCACCUGUUCCUGGGACUGACUGGCUUAAUAGAAAAUGGCCUAAUGAACCAAAAAUAUUUUCUGAUGAAGAUAUCAAAACGUUAAGUCGUGCUGUUGCCAGUCGUCAAAGGGAUUUUAACACAAUACUGAAUAAGAUACUUGUUCCCAGAGUUCCCGGAACGACUGGACACGACAACGUUAAAAAGUAUAUAAUAGAUUCCAUGAAGGCAUUACAGUGGGAUGUGGAGGUCGACAGCUUUCUUGAUGCAACGCCACAGGGCUAUAAGGAAUUUGCCAAUGUCAUUGCUACACUGAAUCCAGAAGCAUGUCAACGUCUUGUACUUGCAUGUCACUAUGAUUCUAAAUUCAGUAGAAACGAAACUUUACUUGGAGCUACUGAUGCCGCUGUGCCUUGUGCAAUGAUAAUACACCUGGCUAGAGUUCUUGACAGACAGUUGAAGAUUCAACAGACAAAGAAUGCACACAUGACACUUCAGCUGAUAUUUUUUGAUGGUGAGGAAGCUUUUCAGAAGUGGAUGUCUACUGAUUCUCUGUAUGGAUCUCGUCAUCUUGCUAGCAAGUGGGAACAGGAACCCCAUGAUUCUGAAUGUGGAGAAAAUGGAACAAGCCAAUUAGACAAAAUAAAAAUGUUUUUGCUGUUGGAUUUGCUGGGAGCUGAAAAUCCAAGAUUUAUUAGUUAUUUCUUGGGCACUCAUGGUGUUCACACACAAUUUAUUUACAUAGAGGAACGUCUUAACUCUUUACAUGAGCUAGAAGGCCCAGGUGGAAAAACUAAUUAUUUCAAAACCUCGUUAUCACCAGGAUUUGUGCAAGAUGAUCACACCCCCUUUGUUGAGAGAGGUGUACCAGUCCUACAUCUUGUCACUAAUCCAUUUCCAGAGACUUGGCACAAGGAGACUGAUGAUGGAAAUCAUCUUGACUACACUGUUAUAAAUAACUUAAACAAAAUUGUUUCCUUAUUUGUGGCUCAAUACCUACACCUUGACAUAGAAAAACACGUUUUCUUACAAGCAUUUAACUAAAUAAUUUCAGCAUGGACAUAUAUCAGCUUUUGGGUAAUAGUAAUUCAUUACAGUUUAAU